AUGAUCACAAACAUACUCCCAUUCUUCUUAAUUCUUGCCAUGAUCUCCGGUCGAUCAUAUUCCGGCAGCAUCUCCAUUUACUGGGGCCAAAACUCCAAGGAGGGAACAUUGGCUGAUACCUGUGGUACUGGAAGAUUUGCCUUUGUUAACAUAGCUUUCCUUCCUGUAUUUGGCAACAAUCAAACACCUGCACUGGACCUUGAUGACCACUGUGACCCCUCCACAAAGAAUGGCUGCACUGGUUUAGCCACUGAUAUUCGGUCGUGCCAAAGCAGGGGUGUCAAGGUCAUGUUGUCGAUUGGGGGCGGGGAUGGCAGCUACUUCCUUGCAUCAUCUGAAGAUGCAAAGCAGGUAGCUGCGUACCUGUGGGACAACUACUUGGGUGGAACAUCCCCUUCUAGGCCUUUUGGUGAUGCAGUGCUGGAUGGUAUUGAUUUUGACAUUGAAGGUGGAACCACACAGCACUGGGAUGAGCUAGCUAGCUACUUGAGAAGCUACAGCUUUGCAAAGAAGUUGUGUCUGACUGCAGCACCCCAGUGUCCCUUUCCUGAUGUAUACAUGGGGCAGGCCUUGUCCAGUGGCCUCUUUGAUUAUGUUUGGAUGCAAUUCUAUAACAAUUACUGUGAAUACAAAGGAAAUGCUGCUGAACUGAAAGCAACAUGGGAUACAUGGACUAGCAAUGUGACUGCAACAGGGUUCUUCCUGGGUCUCCCUGCUGCACCUAGUGCUGCAAGCAGUGGAUAUAUUCCUGCAGAUGUGUUGAUAUCUCAAGUUCUUCCAUUGGUGAAGAAUACCAGCAAGUAUGGAGGUGUGAUGCUGUGGUCUAAGUAUUAUGAUGAUCUGACUGGGUAUAGUUCUUCCAUAAAGAGUCAUGUUUGA